AUGAUGACGUCUCCGUGCAUGACCAGCUGCGACAUUGCUGGCGCUGACCCCGCAGCGCCGCUAGCGCUUGCGCUGCAGCACGCCCCGACCACGUGCGCCAUGUGCGUUCGCGAUCUGCCAGACUACCUACUGGAGAAGAUCCUGCGGCUUGCCUUCGGCGGCAGCCUGGGCCGCCUCACCGCGGCCGCGCCGGUGUGCCGGCGCUGGCGGCUGCUGGCGCAUGGCACGGCGGAAGAGGCGUCGCUGCGCUGCGACGGCUCAACCACGGCCGCCGUGCUGCUCCUGCGGCGGCUUGCGGCCGGGACGAGCGCGACCGCGGGCGGCCCCAACGAGCCGUGCCUGGGCACUCUGGAGCCCCCGCGGCUGUGCCUGGUGCGGCUGGUGGUGGCCGUCAAGGACGCCCCGUGGGAUGCCAUCCGCGAGCUGCUGCUCGCGCUUCAGAUCGUCGACGCCGCGACCGACAGCUGCGUCCAAUUUGAAUAUCUGGAGCUCGACCUUGACACAACCGAGAGCAGCACGCGCAUCGGCGUGGACGCAGACGCGGUGGCCACGCUCGCGCCGCUGGGCGCGCUGCGACGCCUCUCAUCGCUCUCCAUAACCUCGUGCACGCCCGCCCUCACCGGGCCCCUCGCCGCCGCGCUCGCGCCGCGGGUGACGUCGCUCUGCCUCAAAUGGGCCAGCAUCGGCGCGACGCUGGAGCCGGUCGCGGCGCUCACCAACUUGCGGGCGCUGAGCUUGGGGUUUCGCCCGCUCCACAUCGGCGCGGACUGGUUGGAGCCGCUGCUGGGGCUCGCCGGCGGCCUGACGUCACUCGAGCUGAGCGCGACUUUGAACUUUCUGCAAGGCGAAGACCUGCAGGGUGCCCUCUCGAUCGUGGGCCGCCUCCCGCUUCUGCGCCACCUGGGCGUGUCUGGCAUGAACUUGGUCUCGCUGGGCCCCGACGGGCGCCCGCUUGUUGCUGACCUGGCGCCGCUGGCGGCUCUGUCGCGGCUGGAGACCGUGGCGCUGCGGGGCGGCAGCUGCUCAAUUCAGCGGGACGCGACCAUGAGGGAGAUCCUCCGGCCGGUGGCCGCCCUGCCGGCGCUGCGGACCGCGACGCUCCGCCUCUUUGCGCGCCGCUGGAGCUUUGAGCGCGACGUGCCAAUGGACGCAGCCACGCUGAGGGCCUGGCUCGCCGAGCGCGGCUCCCGCUUCAGAUUGAAGUUCCCAUUAGAGGCGCCGUAA